GGGUUCCAUUUCUCCCUUCCUUCAACAUUUCAGAACUCUCAAGUCAUCAACAAAAGGAAAUCUCAGAGCACUGAUUGAGUAACUGCGAUGGCCAGACGAAGAGAUGAGGAAGAUGAUGAUGUUGAUGACGAAGAGUACGAAGACGAGGAGGAGCAGUUGAUGGACGACGAGGAUUACGACGAGGAUGAAGAUGUAGGGAGAGGUCAAGCUGGUUCAAGUAAGAAGCGACGCAGAUCUGAUUUCAUCGAUGACUUGGCGGAGGAGGACGACGAGGAAGACGAAGACGAUGAGGUUUACGUUGGCGGCGGCAAAAAGCAUAGCAGGGCUCCGCGUUUUGGCUCUCAGUUUUUUGAUCUUGAAGCACAGGUGGAUAGCGAUGAGGAAGAGGAAGAAGAGGAGGGCGAAGACGAUUUCUUGGUUGACAAUGGAGCUGAUAUACCUGACGAAGAUGUCGGUAGAAGGAUGCACCGUCGCCCAUUACUGAGAGAGGAUGAACAAGAAGAUGUUGAAGCUCUUGAGAGAAGCAUUCAGGCAAGGUAUGCAAGAUCAAGUCACACAGAUUAUGAUGAGGAGACAACUGAUGUGGAACAGCAAGCACUUUUACCAUCAGUAAGAGAUCCAAAGCUAUGGAUGGUGAAAUGUGCGAUUGGUCGUGAACGAGAGACUGCUGUUUGCCUCAUGCAGAAAUUCAUUGAUAAAGGAACUGAAAUGCAAAUCAGGUCUGUUAUUGCUCUUGAUCACCUAAAAAAUUACAUUUAUGUUGAAGCAGACAAGGAAGCCCAUGUGCGACAGGCUGUCAAAGGUCUACGUAAUAUAUUUGCAACAAAGAUAAUGCUUGUUCCAAUUAGAGAAAUGACUGAUGUUUUAUCAGUUGAAAGCAAAGCGAUUGAUCUUUCAAGAGAUACCUGGGUCAGAAUGAAGAUUGGAACAUAUAAGGGUGAUCUUGCUCAAGUAGUUGACGUGGAUAAUGUGCGGCAGAGAGUCACUGUGAAAUUGAUUCCUAGGAUUGACUUACAGGCUCUUGCGAAUAAAUUGGAAGGAAGAGAAGUUGCACAGAAGAAAGCCUUUGUCCCUCCUCCUCGUUUUAUGAAUGUUGAUGAAGUUAGGGAACUCCAUAUUCGUGUAGAGCGCAGGCGAGAUCCGGUUACUGGUGCUUACUUUGAGAAUAUUGGUGGCAUGUUAUUUAAAGAUGGGUUCUUGUACAAAACAGUGUCUAUGAAGUCAAUUAGUGCUCAAAACAUAAAACCAACUUUCGAUGAACUCGAAAAGUUUCGGACACCUAGCACAAGUGGAGGUGAAAUGGUCUGCUUGUCAACUUUGUUCUCAAACAGGAAGAAAGGCCACUUCAUGAAGGGUGACGCAGUUAUUGUUGUCAAGGGGGAUUUAAAAAAUUUAAAGGGAUGGGUUGAAAAGGUUGAGGAAGAGAAUGUCCAUAUCAGACCAGAAAUGAAAGGCCUUCCAAAAACUCUUGCUGUUAAUGAGAAAGAGCUGUGCAAGUACUUUGAGCCUGGGAAUCACGUGAAGGUUGUGUCUGGGACAAAGGAAGGUGCAACUGGCAUGGUUGUCAAGGUUGAGCAACAUGUGCUCAUCAUUUUAUCUGAUACAACCAAAGAACAUAUCCGUGUUUUUGCUGAUGAUGUUAUUGAGAGCUCUGAAGUAACUACUGGUAUUACAAAAAUUGGAGAGUAUGAGCUUCAUGACCUUGUGCUACUAGAUAACAAUAGCUUUGGUGUAAUUAUACGUGUAGAAAGUGAAGCAUUUCAGGUUCUUAAGGGUGUCCCAGAAAGACCAGAGGUUUCUCUUGUAAAAUUAAGGGAAAUCAAAUGCAAGCUUGAGAAGAAAUUUAAUGUGCAAGACAAAUACAGGAAUACUGUUUCUGUGAAAGAUGUGGUUAGGAUCCUUGAAGGACCUUGCAAAGGGAAACAAGGCCCUGUAGAGCACAUAUAUAAAGGAGUAUUGUUCGUGUAUGAUCGACAUCACCUUGAGCAUGCUGGCUUUAUAUGUGCUAAAGCCGAUUCUUGUUGUUUAGUGGGAGGAUCACGUUCUAAUGGUGACAGAAAUGGUGGUUCUUUGUCAAGAUUUGGUGGCUUCAAGGCUCAACCCCGUGUACCACCUUCACCGAGGAGAUUUUCUAGGGGAGGAGGUCCUCCAUUCGAUUCCGGAGGUAGGCACAGAGGUGGAAGACGAGGCCAUGAUGCUUUGGUUGGUACUACUGUGAAAAUUCGCCAGGGUCCUUAUAAGGGUUACCGUGGACGUGUCGUAGAUAUUAAAGGUCAAUCAGUUCGAGUUGAGUUAGAGUCUCAAAUGAAAGUCGUUACAGUCGAUUGCAAUUUUAUAUCUGAUAAUGUGGUUAUUUCAACACCCUACCGUGAUACAUCCCGGUAUGGUAUGGGAAGUGAAACACCUAUGCACCCUUCACGAACUCCUUUACAUCCAUACAUGACUCCUAUGAGGGAUCCUGGAGCAACACCAAUCCAUGAUGGCAUGAGAACACCUAUGCGUGACAGGGCCUGGAAUCCUUAUGCACCGAUGAGUCCACCCAUGGAUAAUUGGGAAGAAGGAAACCCUGCCUCUUGGGGAACCAGUCCUCAGUAUCAGCCAGGAAGUCCUUCAAGGGCAUAUGAAGCACCUACUCCUGGUUCUGGUUGGGCUGGUACUCCUGGCGGUAAUUACACCGAGACUGGAACACCAAGAGAUAGCAGUUCAGCUUAUGCCAACGCUCCAAGUCCUUAUAUGCCAUCAACACCAAGUGGGCAACCAAUGACACCAAGCUCGGGAUCCUAUAUUCCGGGUACACCUGGAGGGCAGCCAAUGACACCAGGAACUGGUCUUGAUAUGAUGUCUCCAGUAAUAGGUGCUGACACUGAAGGACCAUGGUUCAUGCCAGAUAUUUUGGUCAACGUUCGUAAAUCUGGAGACGAGACUCUUGGAAUCAUCCAAGAGGUGUUUCCGGAUGGGCCAUGUAAGGUAGCCUUGGGGUCACAUGAAAGUGGUGAUAGUGUAAUCGCAAUGCCAAGUGAGAUGGAGAUAGUGCCACCAAGGAAAUCGGACAAGAUCAAAAUCAUGGGUGGCUCACUUCGCGGUGCUACCGGUAAGCUAAUUGGCGUGGAUGGCACGGAUGGCAUUGUUAGGAUAGAUGACAGUCUUGAUGUCAAGAUAUUAGACUUGGUUAUACUUGCAAAAUUGCACUAAACCACCUCUUUAACUCUA